AAAGCAGCAUUCGAUAGCCCGAGGAGGGAACGUGUAUAUGCCGCACUGUCUGAGUUCGGUAUCCCUGCAAAGCUAGUGCGACUUUGCAGAAUGACGUUGAGCAACACUCGUAGCUCCGUCAAGGUAGGAAAGGACCUCUCCGAACCCUUUGAUACCGUUCGAGGUUUCAGGCAAGGCGAUGCCCUCUCGUGCUAUCUCUUCAACUUCCUGCUGGAGAGUGUGGUGCGCAAAGCUGGUGUACACCGAGGCGGAACGAUCUUUUUUAAAAGCGUUCAGCUUCUUGCGUACGCUGAUGAUAUAGACAUUAUCAGCCGUACCAGGAGAGGCGUCACCGGAGCAUUUGCGGCUAUUGAGAAGGAAGCUGCAAAAGGACACGCGGCAACCAGACUCCCAGAUCGCGGUGGAAAACUAUACUUUCGAAAUGGUGAAAGAUUUUAUGUAUCUUGGCACCACUGUCACAGCAACCAACGAUGUCAGCCUAGAAAUCAAAUGGAGAUUAACUCUAGCCAAUCGAUGCUACUUCAGCCUCAGUAGGCAAUUGAGUAGCAGAGACCUUUCCCGAAAAACCAAGCUAACGCUCUACAAGACGCUCAUCCUCCCCGUGCUGCUUUA